AGCGCUCAUCAUGACAGAGGAGCAGGAGAGGUCCAGCGCAGAGCCGCCUCCGCCGUGCAGUCCCGCCGGCUCGAGCAGCUCGCUGUCUGCGGAGGAGUCGGACUCCGACGCGCCUUCGUCUCCCGCUGGACCCGCCAGCCGCGCGGCGCUCAGCCUCCCGGGGAAGGACGAGGAUGAGCGGUUCCCGGCGUGCAUCAGGGACGCGGUGUCUCAGGUGCUGAAGGGGUACGACUGGUCUUUAGUGCCCAUGCCUGUGCGAGUGAACGGCUCCAGCAGGAGCAAGCCGCACGUCAAGAGACCCAUGAACGCGUUUAUGGUGUGGGCUCAAGCCGCGCGCAGGAAGCUGGCGGAUCAGUACCCACACCUGCACAACGCCGAGCUCAGCAAGACCCUCGGAAAACUCUGGAGGCUGUUGACGGAGAACGAGAAGAGACCGUUUGUGGAGGAAGCCGAGAGACUGAGAGUUCAGCACAAGAAAGAUCACCCGGAUUACAAAUACCAGCCGAGGCGCCGGAAGAGUGUGAAGCCCGGUCCGGGCGAGUCUGAGCUGACCCAUCACGUGUAUAAAGCUGAACCUGGGAUGGGGCGACUGGCGGGUCCAGUCACUGAUCACACAGAUCAGCCUCAUGGACCCCCGACACCCCCUACAACGCCCAAAACGGACCUCCAUCACGGAGGAAAGCCGGACCCCAAGCAUGAAGGAAGACGCUUGCUUGACGGCACUCGACAGAACAUCGACUUCAGUAACGUCGACAUUUCCGAGCUCAGCACAGACGUCAUUAGCAACAUGGAAAGCUUCGACGUGCACGAGUUCGACCAGUACUUGCCUCUGAGUGGCCAGCCUCUGACCUCCGACGGCUCGUACGCUUCGUCCUACAGCCACCCUGCAAGCAGCGGGGCCUCCUGGAGCCGCAAGGGGCCCGUGGCGUCCUCAUCGCCUGGCACCAGCGACGUGAGCCAGCACAGAGCUCACAUUAAAACUGAGCAGUUGAGCCCGAGUCACUACAGCGAGCACUCGCCCGAGUACGGCGUUUACAGCGCCUCGGUCACCCGCCCUCCGUGUGACUAUACAGAGCGUCAGAGCUCGGGCUACUACAGCCAGUACCCCAGCUACGCCUCCGGCCUCUACCAGUACCCCUACUUCCAUUCCUCACGGAGCACCCUCCUCAGCAGCCGGUCCCACAGUCCCUCCGCCAGCUGGGAUCAGCCGGUCUACACCACGUUCUCCAGGCCGCUUUGAGCCGUGUCCGUCACUACAACGAAGGACAGCGUUUGUGUCAGCUGACUAAGCAUCCAGUGCCUGCUGAUUUUUCGACACAUCAAAACAUUGACGCUUGGUGCUAGACGUGAUGAAUUUGUGGAGAGCCAGCAGAAAUCCUCUGUGAGGACUGCCGCCCGCUCCGGGAUCACAGAGAAAAGGGACCAAUGAAUAUUCGGGAAGCAUUAGCUU